CUCGGAAGCACCAUCGCCAUCUUGCAGGCACGCCGAGCGUCGUUGGCGUCACCAAGCUCUUGUCCUAAGAUGAGUGAAUUGAGAGGAAGAAAUAUUUGAGGGUCUGGCGCGCUAUUUAUGGCUUAAAGCUGUUGCCGCUGCAUUCACAACUUUAAGGACAGUGAUAGUAGUCAUUAAAGGUACCGAAGAUGUUAGGAUCUCAGCAAUUUUGUGUACGUUGGAACAGUUACCAAACUAACUUACAGGAUGUAUUUCCUAAGCUUCUCAAUAGUGAACAUUUUGUUGAUGUCACUUUAGCAUGUGAAGCUCAAAUGAUAAAAUGUCACAAGGUGGUACUGUCGGCUUGCAGUACGUAUUUUGAACAGUUACUUGUUCAGAACCCAUGUCAACAUCCAAUUAUUUUUAUGAAGGAUAUGAAGCAUUGGGAGGUACAAGCAUUAGUCGAUUUUAUGUACAAAGGAGAAGUGAAUGUAUCUCAAGAUGAAAUUUCAACUCUCCUAAAGGCUGCUGAAGCCUUGCAAAUUAGAGGAUUAUGUGGGGCUGACAGACAACAAGACAGUAAUGCAGUCAGUUUACCUCCAGAAACCACAGUUUCAGACAGUGGUGGGAGAGAAACUCCUCCAGCCAAACGAAGAAAAUUUCCUGAUCAGCAGCAGGACCGCUCUGAGCGGCAAGAACGCCAAGAACGUAAAGAGAAGCAACAAUCCAAUGCACCAACUCCUAAAUCAGCCAACACAACUCAGAACCCCCUAGGAACAUCUACACCAACCUCAUCAAAUAAUGAUUUAGCUUCAGUCUUAGGGGUGUCUGGUCCUAUCAUAGCAUCUGUUACAUCAGCACCACUGAGAGAUACAGAACGCAACAGUAGUUUAAAGGAACCUCGUCCUGAGGAAACUGCAGACAGAUCGAACAUUAAACGUGAAAAUAUUGACCAAGAAGAUUCAUACUUCGACAAUGAUGGGGACUACGACUCAUUUGACAUUCAGGAUGAUUCAAACAGCAUGAACCCUGAUAUAUCCAUGCCAACUUCACCUUUAGACCAGGCAGGACCAUCCGGUGUGCAAGAAUCCAAGCCAACAGCAGCUUGGCAACACUUGGAAUAUCUCCUGGGCUCAACUGCUCGGAGAGGACGUCCUAAACGAGAUGAUCCAAGCUUGAAAGCGGCUGCUCAUCUGGUCAUAGAUCGAAGUUACACUCUGAGACAGGCUGCUCUUCAAUUCCAAAUUCCACCAACCACCUUGAGAAACUAUAUGAAGCGAACUGGAAUGCUGCGUUUGCCUCUUAAGAGGGGGCGGCCUGUUUCAUCUGGAUCAUCGUAUCAUUUCUACUCUGAACCAUUCAGAAUGCCUGGAAAUUUCAUGAACCCCUCAUCAUUUCCCCGACCAAAUCCACCACAGUACUCUGUGCACCAACAACAGCAGUAUCAACAACAGUAUCAACAGCAGCAACAGCAGCAACAUCAGCAGCAGCAGCAACAACAGCAGCAACAGCUUCAACACCAGCAGCAGCAGCAGAUGCAGCAGAUGCAGCAACAUGCUUCUCAUCACCAUUUACAACAGGGUCAUCUUCAGCAGCAGCAGCAGUUUCAGCUUCAGAACCCUCAGUCUUCUCAGCACCAUGCUCAGCAGAGCAGCCACUCUGUUUCUCAGCAGCAAUACGGUUUUAACAAUGAAUUUAGUGCUGGCUUCGGUAGUGAGUUUGGAAGUGAGUUUUGUGAUAUUCAAGAGUUGAGGCCUCCAAAAGUUGAAGCCUCCAGAACACCCCCUGUUGAAAUAGAUUUAGAUUCUGAACCUGACCAGGAAGCUCUUAGUAGUAGAAAGAUAAGUGAGAAGAGUGAUACACAGCCUGCCAAUGAUGAGGGAGAUGUAGAAGAUGAGGAUGAAGAAGUGGAGGAGGAAGAUGAGGAGGAAGAAGAAGAAGCAGUAAGUGGUGUUGGUGUGAGUGCUAAAAGCAGUGGUGAGGAUGUUACCGGAGUAGCGACAGAAAUGGAUGAUGAGUCGGAUUCAGAGAGUGCUUCGGACGAAUCAGAUGUAGAACAAACAGAACAAAGUAUUCACCCGAAUAGUAAAUUUAAUAUUACAUAAACACAUGUACUUAAUUUUUAGUAGUUAUUGAUGGUGGAAUGGUUGUGGAAUUUAUUUUCUAAUGAAUGACUGAUUGUUUUGCUUGAACUGAAUUAAAUAUUAAGGUUUAGCUUAAUCAGUUUGUGGUGCCUUGUAGGAGAAUGGCAAGUCUUAUUUAAAUUAGUAGGGAAGGAAGUCAUUCCACCAAAGUUCUGCAAACUGAAAUGAACCUUAGUAUGUGUGUAUUUUUGGUUCACUCCCUGCAUCUUACAGAAUACAAUUUGAAUCAAUUUUUCUUGAUUUAUCAUUUUACUGUCAGACAAUUCUGCCAUUUUUCAGCCGUAUCGGUUUCUAAGCUUAACAUAUCCUUGCUCAAUAGGUCCAAAGAAAUCUGUGUGUAAAAUAAAAAGAAACUUCACUUAUACUAUUCAUAUUUUUUUUUCCUUAAAAUGUGGAAUAAAUUUCAACAGCUUCAAGUUUUUUCUUAUGUACCUAAAACUGCUAUAUUAAAUUGUAUUGACCCCUAGAAUUGCUACUAUCUUAUUGUCUUUAGGACAGUACUUACUACACGUUAUGCACUUGUGUAAGAUUUACAACUUGGGCUAUUCACCUUGUACAUAAAUAAGCUUUAACCAUGGUAUUUACUCUUAAUCAUUUUUGUAGCCUUUGCUGUUGUAUUUGUGAGUUGACUCAAAAUGAGUAGUAGUCAUAUUAAAGUUAUUGUGGAGAUUUUCUCUUGUACUUAUUAUUAUUUUGUCGUGAUCACAUUGUGGUUAUAUUGUAGACUAGACUGGCAAAUGUGAUAACUAACUCAGCUUUUGUUCCUUUAAAAAAAUAAAAAAUAUUUUGCUGUUGAUUUUGCCCUGUUGCAUCACAUCUAUAACAACUUCUUCCAAACAAUUAUUUGGAAGUUAUUGGUAUCAUGUAUUGUUAGUGAUCUCGUUAUCUCAGUUGCUUUGUGCCCUGGAAAAAAUAAUGUACGUGUAUGCUCAGGAUCCAGCACAAAGACUGUGACUUGGCCACACGGAUCCACACUAAAACUACGAUGUCAAAUAGAAAUACUGUGCAUGCAAUACGCAUGCGCAAAUCUCCCUACAAAUAUCCAAAACUUUCAGUACUGAUGGAGACAGUUAACAGUGUAUUAUGUCAAAUCUUGAUUCAUUAGAUUCAGAUUUCUUAUGCCAAAGAUUUCUCUUUGUUCUGUUAUGAAGAGGUCCCAGAAGUUGAUGUAGGAUAUGUGAUUCUUAGAAUUUAGUUCAGCUACUGCAUCACAUAAGAUCUGUGUUUUCAUUUCUUUCUGUCAACUUAAUUUCUUUCCUCAAUAUUUCAUUGGAGAUUAAAAUUCAGUUGCAUUGCAUACCAACUUUAUGUGUGUUGGUUGUUGGCUAAAACUUUUUACAUUUAGAUCAGCUCACAUUUCUUUGUGCCUUGUGUUAGCCUUGUGGAACAAAGAGAGAGUGAAUGGUUGUUAACUGUAUAGUGUAUUAUGGUCUUGUAACAUAAUUUUGCAAUCAUUUCUUCUCAUUCUAACUAAAGCUACUAUAUUUUAUACAUUAUUUUAAAAGUUUUUGAGGCAAUAUAUCUGGUAAUUGUUGUACAGAGAGCUGCUGACCUCUUGCAGGGCACACUGUGAUUUUUAGCAAUAUUUUUAAUGAAUGCUAACAUCUGAUUUAAUUUUGUCUGUGAAUUAGAUCUUAUUAGCUUCUACUGAAUUUGCAUAUUGUAGAAGAGAGACACUGUUGUAGUCAAAUGCUUGUUUUCAAUCAACUUUUGUAGCUCUUGCUUUCCACUUUAUGCAAUCAGUGUAGGAACAAAUUUGAAUUCUGUACAGUAAUCUAAAUAGUUUAGCCAUUAAACCGAUACUCCUUAAUUACUUCUGUCAAAGACAGAGAAACAAUAAGCGACAUAUUCAAAUGAAUCCUUACCUGGCAAACUCAUUUCAUGAACUUUUAGUUUGGAGGGUUUGUCAUGAAGACUGAUUUCUAGUUUUGACUGAUGCAAGUUCUUACUGCUUACCAUAUUUUCUUUGUAUUAAAUGUACAUAUUUAAAUGUAAAUAACUAAACUGUGAAGAUGUAAGUACUUGUAUGUGAUCAUUUACUAUCUGUCAAGCUAGUGCAAUGUUUAGAGGUUGCUUCCGUUUGUAAAUAUCCACUCCACAUCUACCUUUCACAUUUGUCUAAAGAAUGUGUGACCGCCUACAUUUUCAGCCUAACUGAUUUUUUAAAAAAAUCCUUUCAAAGAAUCUAUUUUAGCAAAUAUAAAAAUAUAUGCGCCAUGAUUAAAGUCAGCCUGUGUUAUUAAUGUCAAGCCAGUAUUUUUCUCAAAUAGACCAGGCCUCGAUACAAGUGCCAUUAUUUGACCCUGAACAUUACGUUCAGAGAAUGAGUUUGUUAGCAGCAACUGGGCUUACUGAGGGUCCUAGAUGGGAAAGUUACGUCUAGUAUUCUAGCCCUAUCCUGUGUAAUUUUCAGCUAUGGUCUAUUAUUGUGAAUUAUUUGAAUUGUAAAAUUUGUGUUAUGAGGACAAAGCACCAAACUGAUAAGGGAGACAUAGUUCUCCACUAUUGGUUCCCCUCUCAGAAAUAAAUGUUUAUCAUUAUUGCAUA